CCGCCACCCCCAGCUCGGCCACCAUGAAGGAGCUGAGAGCCGAGCAGCAGCUGGUGGUGGCCCUCCGUAUCCGCCCCAUCAAUGAAACUGAACUGGAGGAAGGGGCCGGCAUCAUCGCCCACAGGGUGGGGGACCAGAUGGUGGUUCUGAUGGAUCCGACGGAAGAUCCAGAUGACAUCUUGCGCGCCAACCGGUCCCGAGAGAAGACUUUUAUCUUCGACAUGGUUUUUGACCACACGGCGAGCCAGGAGGAGGUAUAUAUGUGCACAACCAAAAAUCUCAUUGAAGGGGUCAUUUCAGGAUACAACGCGACAGUCUUUGCAUAUGGACCCACAGGGGCUGGGAAAACAUACACUAUGCUGGGCCUGGACGCUGAACCUGGCAUCUACAUCCGGACACUCCACGAUCUCUUCAGAGCUAUUGAGGCUACCAGCGGGGACAUGGCCUACUCGGUCUGCAUGUCGUAUUUCGAGAUUUAUAAUGAAGUAAUCCGUGAUCUCCUGAACCCGUCUUCGGGAUUCUUGGAACUAAGAGAAGAUUCGAAGGGGAGCAUUCAGAUUGCCGGGAUUAUGGAAGUCUCCACCACAAAUGCACAGGAGAUCAUGGAGCUGUUAACGAAAGGGAACAAAGAACGCACACAAGAGCCCACGGCUGCCAACAGGACCUCUUCUCGGUCGCACGCCGUCCUCCAAGUGACGGUGAAGCAGACCAGCCGGGUGAAGGAUACAAAUGAGGAAGUGAGAGUCGGGAGGCUCUUCAUGGUUGACCUGGCUGGGUCAGAAAGGGCAGCUCAGACUCAGAACCGAGGCAAGAGGAUGAAAGAGGGUGCCCACAUCAACCGUUCGCUACUCGCUCUGGGGAACUGCAUCAAUGCCCUCAGUGAGAAAGGGGGCAGCCGGGCCCAAUAUGUCAACUUCCGAGACAGCAAACUCACCCGCCUCUUGAAGGACUCCUUGGGAGGAAACAGCAGGACUGUGAUGAUUGCGCACAUUAGCCCGGCCAGCACUUACUUUGAGGAAUCUCGGACUACACUGAUCUACGCGUAUCGAGCGAAAAACAUCAAGACCAGGGUCAAGAGGAACCUGCUUAACGUCUCCUACCACAUUGCUCAGUACACCAGCAUCAUUUCGGAUCUGCGCCGGGAGAUCGAGCGCUUGAAGGCAAAGGUUGAAAACCAAGAGAAGGAUAGAAGCUUGCUCGGUUCUGGGGCCAAAGAUCUACAAGUCAGAGGGGAGACCCAGCAGGACUCCGAGGAGUUCAGCCGUCAAGAAAUGAACAAGCUCCGGAAGCAGCUGAUUGGGGCGUUCAAAGACCAAAUGGACAUGCGCCACAGUCUCAUGGAGCUGGAGAACACCAACAUGGAGCUGCACGUCGACACCUCUAGGCACCUCCUAACAAUUGCCGACUGGGAGCGAGAAAAAGCUCACCAGGAUUGCAGAUUUCGCAAGCGGCAAGUCAGCGAAGGAGACGAUGAAGCCAUGGAGGAAGAGGAGGAGGAAGAGGGGUCCAGAGAAGAAUCGCCAGAACCUCACGAGGUAGUCGUAGCCAGGGAGGAGAUCAACAUGUUGCUGGCGGAGCAGCGGAAAACAGCAGCCUUAAAGGCCGACCUGGAGCAACGCCUGGCCCACGCCAAGAAGAAGGCCUCGCAGAUGGAGAAGCUCCUGCCCCAGCAGAUCACCAGCGAGGACCAGAGAGAGGUGCUGCGCCUCCUCUGCAGGGCCCACGAGCUGGAGGUGGGCAGCACGGAGCUGCAGGCCAGCGCCUUGUACAAGAACAGCCUCCUGUGCCAGAAGGACUUCAUCAUCCAGCGGCACCAGCAGCACCGGUGCCUUUGCGAGGAAAUCAUCCAGCAGCAGCGUUUGCUGAUAAAGGACCACAACAUCCCUGUUCCACCCCCACUAGGAAAGCUGUACUGGCUCUAUUCCCACGAAUUAGAAGAAGGGACCCUGAACCGUCUGCUUGUGUUUCACUCCCUGAUGUCCAGUGCAAUUCAGGAACACUCCGUCCUGGAUAGAGCCCUGCAGGUAGAACUACAUAAAGAAGAGAACCGAAAAGGAUCGCUUGAGAACAAGGAUUUCUCCGGGGGACCAAAAUUUGAACUGCCCCCUAUCGUUGUGGAACCUGACAGUGACAGCUACAGACCAGCUAAAAAUACCCCAGCCCGGAAAAAGAGGAGCUGGGAGUGGAAUCGUAGUCCGACUUUGCUGCACUUCCUGAGAACACCCGUUCGCCAACCGAGGGCGCUCGGCAUUUCCUCCCAAAAGCUGGACUCCAAGCUCAGCUCCCCCGCCUCCCACAACUUCGGCCAGAAGAAGUCCAGUGCAGACGUCCCCCUGAACCAAGAAACCCUGAAGGAGAUUGCCGACAGCACAAAACGGAUCGCUCUCAUUGCCGCCAGCCGCCGCUCCCGGGCCCGGGACAGACACCCCAGCAGUGAGCUCUCUUCCCUUCACGGUUUGGAGGACGAAUUGUUGGAGCUGAAGUACCUCCAGCCCAGCGUCACUCCUGAGCACUAUUCCAGAGACACCGAGAGCAUCGACAGCAUUCCGACAGAGGCCCAGGAAAAGGAACGGCCUCACCCCAAGCCUCGGAAGGGGCCGGAGAAAGAAAGAGGGAGGAAGAAGUUCUGGGAAAAGAAAACAGGGAAGAAAAGAUCGCGCUCCCUUGAACCCACCUCCCCAACGGCCUCUCGAGUAAAACAUCGGAGUCCCUCCAGCCGCACGGACCACAUCUCCAAAAGUCGGCCGGCUGAAACCGAGCUUUGCCAGUCGCCCGACGUUGUCGUGAGCAAUGCAACCCACGUCCCGUCUGGAGCCACGAAGAUCAAAUUUCCCACCAGCCACCCAGCAGGUAAAACUAUUGGGUGCCAUCUCUCUGGCCAUGUGGUCCUUGCCACGCAGUGGCUGAUAGAGAAACCACCUUUGCUGGCCAAAUAUUCCACAUUAACGGGAAGAGAGGCUUAA